AUGUCCAAUGGAAGGCAGAAGAGUACGGUGCAAGGUUUCGGAUGCCUAGUACCGGUCCAGAACAGGGGUGGUGAAGCAGGCCCCACUGGACCGUCAGCCAGCGACUGCGGCUCACCCUCAGUGGUAUUCCAGGCUGAGGAGAGUAUUUUUGCUACUGGAUACGAAGAGAUAAACCCGUUUCAAAGAAGUGACUCCAUUCAAAGAACACCACCGAGACGGAGAACUUUCUCGCUCCCAGACGCUAGUGAUCUAUUGGCCCACCAAACAGAAGGUCCUAUCACGGAAAAUGCAGCUAAAAGAAAGAGACUGGAGGGAACCCCUGAUAACUCAACAAGCAAAAAUGUGAACAACAAACAAAAGGACCUUAUCCACACCUUAGACAAAGUAUUGGCACAGGUAAGAACUAUGGAAAGAAUAAUCAAAGAAGCAUAUAAACCAAAAAAGGAAUACUGUGAGAUCAGUGGCAAACUAUCCUUCUUAACAGAGAAGCUACGUGCGAUGGAUAUCGAAAAAUGGUUGCAUGAUGUGAGUACAAAUACUGAAGCAGAAAAGAAACUUCGUCUAGAAAAUGAUGAACUGCGAAUGCAGGUCAACGCUAUGAAAACGGAACAGAACGACAAACGACAAGAAAGAUCAGAGACUAUAAAAUGUGACGCGUGUGCACGGGCGGAAAAAAGAGUUUUGAGACAACAGCAGCUCAAAAAAGAGGAGACUUUCGAGUGCUACCAGUCCAUCAGUGAAGAGAACUGGGAAGAAAACGUAUUUUACGAUUUGGAAAGUAUCGAGGGACCAGCGCAAGACACCGCAACGGACUGGGACCUAAUUCUGCCGUGUAAUACUAAAUUGGAGUCGCGCAACAAAGAGAUCAAUAGAACAAUCGACAAAUUUGGGGCCAAACAUGGUAUUAUGUCUCAAAACAAGAGAGAAGGUGAAGUUGCCAUCAUGGUGGGCUUUCCUGACGUUAGUGGAAAAUUAGUGCAGUCCACUAGGUGGAUAUUCUACCCUAUCUUGAGCGAAAAAUCCACUCAGUCAGAAGUGGGCGACUCAGAGAUGUUCGAGGCUCUACGCAGGAUCAAAAUCCAAGUCAUAAAACAGGAUAGAACUAAUAUAGCGAUUCUCGAUAACGAUGAGAUCACCGGAACCAUAAUGACACGAAUGCUGCAGUUCUUAUUCUGCGAUACCCCAGUGCGUAUUGCAAAAAUUCGACGAGAACAGUACCAGCCAAGCCAGCAUAUAAAACGCAACAAAGAGACGAAUCCGAGGAAACCCAAGGAAGAUGCGCUGCUGAUAGAAAUGAAAGACACGAGCUUUGCGGACCUCCUUAAGGCCGUUAAAACUGCCGUAGAUCCUAGCGCCAUUGGCGUCGACAUUGGACAACUUAGAAAAACAAGAAACGGCCAAGUCUUACUUACCGUCAAUAAUGGAUUCGAUCGAGCUGAACUGCUAAAAAGGGAAAUUAGUGAAAAGGUACCCGGGGCCACUGCACAUUUGCUAAAAAGCAAAAAAGUUCUCCACGUUAAAGACCUGGAUGAAGUUACUACAACUGACGAGAUCAAAGAGGCUGUUUCUAAGGCAACGGGCACCAACCCCAGUGAUGUAGACGUAAGAGCUCUCAGACCAGCUUACGGAGGCAGGCAAAAUGCCACCCUAAUUGUAAGCGAGGCGAAAGCAGAAAAACUUAUCAAUCUUAAGACGAUAAAAAUCGGCUGGACUAGUUGCCGAAUUUACGAAAGGCAGAGAGAAGACCGAUGCUUCAGAUGCUGGGGAUUAGGGCAUGUCAAGUCGCAAUGUAAAGGGCCAGAUAGAGAAAAACUAUGUCGGAAAUGUGGGCACGAGGGCCACAAAGCAGAUACAUGCUCGAAUAAACCAUUCUGCCUCCAAUGCGGCGGUAGCGCCAAAGAAAGCAACCGCACCCACACAAUCAUCAGAUUCCUCCAAAUAAAUACCAACAGAACUCGCGCAGCCCAGGAUCUGGCGCUGGCAACCGCGAUAGACAUGCAAGCAGAAGUGUUGAUAGUAAGCGAACCUAAUAGAAUCGCCAUUCAGAAUAGAAAGGACUGGAUUAAGGAUAACGAGUGCAAAGCUGCCAUAAAAGUCAUUGGAAAUAACGUAGCAAUUAAAAGGCAGGGAAGCGGUUCCGGAUAUUGCUUUAUAGAAACGGUAGACUUUACCAUCUUUAGUUGUUAUUUCUCCGGCAACGACGAGAUUGAUCAACUGGACGAGGCCCUAUUUGAAAUCGGCAGGAUGGUGCAAGGCAACAACGAAAAGGCUAUCAUUGCUGGGGACUUUAAUGCCAAAUCUACGGAGUGGGGUAUGACGCAUACUGACGCGAGGGGCGAAAUGGUCACAGAGUGGAUGGCCGCCAACGGCUUAAUCACUGUAAACCAGGGAAACUCGCCAACGUUUCAAAGCCAAGGCUACGGUUCGAUUCUUGAUCUCACCAUAGUGACUGAAGGCAUCAGGAUGAAAAUCGGACAAUGGAGAGUAGUUGAAACAGAAACGUUAAGUGAUCACAACUACAUAACUUUUGAAGUAAAAAAUAGUGACCCGACAGUGGUACGGCAAAGAGAAUGCAGAGGCUGGCAAGUCAAAAAACUUGACAGAAAUAAGCUUCACAAUGCAAUCGGGUCGCUUGGCGAAGACGGACCAUCGGCAAGAGUUUUCUCAGAAGAGUUGGCAACGCUGUGUGACAUCUCAAUGCCAAGGAAAAGGAGUUUCAGGAACAAACAGCCUGCGUACUGGUGGAACAGCGAAAUAGCGGAACUUCGUAGAGACUGUAUAAAUAAGCGACGGAAAUACACAAGAACUGUCAAACAUGGCAUUAUUCGAGAUACACUAAGAACAUGGGAGGAAUACAGAGAAAGCAAGAUAGCGCUCAGAGACAAAAUCAAGAAGGCAAAGAAAGAGUGCUGGACGCGGCUCCUUGACGACGUUGAUCGUGACAUCUGGGGCGAUGGUUACAAAAUCGCGAUGAAGAGCCUUUCUGGAUUUCCGCCACGACCUAACCUAAGCAUGGAAGCAACAGAGAAGAUCGUACGACAUCUAUUUCCGUGUCAUGACGCGGUAUCGUUUGCUCGCGACGAUGGUGCGAAGCCUGUAGUAUUCACCGUGGAUGAACUAAGCAACGCUGCUGCGAAACUUAAGAACAAGAAGGCGGCAGGCCCUGGACGGGUCCCGGCCGAAAUCCUUAAGGAGCUGGUGGCGACAAAGCCUGAAUAUGUAUUAGCCACCUAUAAUAAGCUAGCAGAAAAAAGCUGCUUUCCAGCGGAGUGGAAGGCAGCUAGGAUGAUCCUGCUGAGGAAAGGCGACCACACGCUGGAGAACCCAUCGUCCUAUAGACCAAUCUGCCUGCUGGAUGCAGAGGGAAAACUCUACGAGCAACUAGUGAUUGCACGCCUGCACAGGGAAAUUGAGCGUACUGGUGGUCUGUCGGCUAGGCAGUAUGGCUUCAGGAGCGGUAGACAAACAGUUGAUGCCAUAGCAAGGGUUAUUGAAAUCUCCAACAAGGCUUCAAAUUUCGCGCAUGCAAAUCGUAGACUGGCGGUUAUAAUAACUCUUGAUGUCCGAAAUGCCUUUAAUAGUGCCUCGUGGCAAUUAAUCCUGGAGGAAUUAAGAAAGCGCCAAAUGGACGAAGGCCUAAUAAACUUAAUAGCGUCAUACCUCUCUGACAGGGAGAUCCUACUGGAGGCACAGGGACAGGCAAAGGGGAUCGGCAUAACAAGCGGAGUACCACAGGGCUCGGUCCUUGGACCCACACUGUGGAACGUGCUCUAUGAUGGGCUUUUUGCGUUGGAGAUGCCAAACGGAGUGACACUAAUAGGGUUUGCCGACGACAUCGGCAUGAUUGUGGUAGCAAAGAACGAGGAGCUCCUGAUGUGCAACGCAAACACGGCGCUACAGAGAGUUGCGCGAUGGCUCGAGCAGAGACGGUUGACCCUAGCGCCGGAGAAAACCAAAGCAGUGUUGCUAACCACAAAACGGAAGAUAGGCCACGUUGUUUUCGAUGUUAUGGGUAGCGAGAUUGGCUUGAGUGACGCUGUCAAAUACCUGGGAGUGUGGCUUGACAGAAAGCUAAGUUUCGCUGAGCACGUAAAGCGAACUGUGCAAAAGGCAGAAAAAACGACUUCUGCGCUGUUGUGUCUAAUGCCAAACAUAGGCGGACCAAGAUCAUCCAAACGGAGACUUCUAGCGAGCGUGGUACACUCUCAGAUACUGUAUGGGGCCCCAGUCUGGAGCAAGAUUACCGAGAAUAAGAGACUAAUAGCUGUGUUAUCAACACUACAAAGAAAGCUAUCACUGAGAGUGUGCAGCGCGUACAGAACGGUGUCCACUGAGGGAAUUAGCGUAAUAGCGGGGAUCCCGCCGAUAGCGCUACUUAUAGAGGAACGGCGGCAAAGAUACUCAGGAGCAACAAAAAACGAAGCACGAAAUAUCCUCCAAACCAGCUGGCAAAAGAAAUGGGACACGGGGACCUAUGGCCGAUGGACACACCAGUUAAUCCCGGACAUACAACAGUGGAUUAAUCGCCCGUGUGGGGAAGUGGACUACUUUCUCACGCAGGCUCUAUCGGGGCAUGGUUGCUUUGGAAAAUAUCUGUCCGACCGAGGACGCGCCCAGACCAGUGACUGUCAGUACUGCGGCCUGUUGGACGACGUGGAGCACACACUGUUUCACUGCCACAGGUGGAAGGAACAAAGAACUGUGUACUCAUGUAAAACAGGUACCAACUUCAACCCGCGCAACAUGAUGGCAAGCCUGAUGGGUGAAGAAAAUACGUGGAGGGAGGCGUUCAGAGUGAUUCGGACAAUUAUCGAGACCAAGGAGAGAGAUAUUAGGGCAAACCGUAGUACAUAG